UACACUUGAAGGAAACCUACUCAAAUGUGGGGGAAAAUCAGGCAGGAGGCUGAAAUAAAUACUUCUUCCGAGGAAAAUAUCCGUCACUCCUCCGCCCGAUUCGAUCCCCUCCUCGCCCUGCCGUUCUCCGUCCAAAGUGAACAAGCAAUCUUGAUGGAUUUGAACUCGGUGCCGGGCAGCGAUUCGGAUACUUCUAUCCCAAAAAUUGAUGAUGACAGUGGGGGAGAAUAUGUGGGAUUACAGCCCCUGGACAAUCGUGAUUCCACUCGAUCAUCGCCAUAUAAAAAUGACCAGGAACUGGCCGAUGCUUUUAUUGCUGCCUGCGAACGCUAUGCUAAGCCCUUCGCAGAGAAGUGGCGAUUGCCUGAAGAUUUGGAAAAACGCAAACGACAGGAUGAAUGCAAGAUGUUGAAAAUACCACUACGCAUGUAUGCCAAGCAAAAAAAUAUGCCGCCUGCCGAGUUAGAGAUUAUGGAACUGAAAGAAUAUACUCUUUUUGAUGAACAUGGGAAAGUAUAUGCACACUACAACUUUGUGGUGAAAGAUUCAGAUGGCACUCUUACAUUGUUCUUUGCUGAGUUCAUUGUUUUGGGUGCCAAGUUUGGGAGUUGGAACUUAGGCAUCCCACUUGUGCUCAAUAUUUGGGUGGCCACAGUGAUGUCUGCUUUCCAUACGUAGGUCUAGAUGAUGAAUAUGAAUAUUUUAUGUAAUGG